AUGGCGGGAAAAGUCACUUAUUCACGGCGCCCGAACAAACGCCGCGCACCUCACGACCGCGAUCCAGCAGAUGAGAACGAGGACUGUCAGAAGCGGAGUAGAACAAAUACCGAGCCAAAUGGAUCGCGACUACCGACACCACCCUCAAGCCGACGAGGAAAGAAAUCCUGGUUCAACGGUCCCGUCUCCAUUCCUGAUGACGACAUGAACCCUCCGCAGUCCAUCUUCGAUAAGGUUCUCGAAAACAAGAAGCACCAAGCCCCAAAGCCGCAUCAACGCAGUGUCCAGGGCGACCGUGAGAACUUCAAAGGCCUUAUGAAGACGGGACAAAAGUCGAGAGAACAGAAUGGCUGGGCGAGGAACGGCUCUCUGCCAACGCCACCAGCGGAGGCCCAGAAGAAAGCCCAUCAGCAAGCACGGAGAGAUGAGAAUUUCGCGCGGUACAAGGGAAUCGUUCACAGGAACGAGUCUGCGACACUCAAGUCGUCACCCACGGCGCCAAACCAGACAUCGUGGCUCUUCGAGCGGGUCAUUAAAAAUGAGCAGCCGAAAGCACCAUAUCAGCCGAAGACAUACAAAGCUGAGGAGAUUGCAGCACCACGGCGGACUAUAAUGGGGGAACGUCUGUCUAGAAGUUCAGACCAAGCCCGCAAGUAUGUCUCAGAUAACACUCACAUUAUGCACAGAACUGACUGUAGCAGAUUCAAAACGAACCAGACCGACUCGCCUCUCCUGCAGCUCCCCAAAAACGUGAGGAAUCUCAUCUACACUUACGCACUUGGUGGUAAGACUAUCAACAUCGGCUACCAGACCUAUCACCUUACCUUUGACCCUACAAAGCCCAAGAAGGUAAAGCAGGUUACACCCAUUUUCAAGUACCAGUGCACAGUAUACGACGGUAAUCAGAAUCCCAUUAAGGCGAGAUCCCAGCCGUGGGUCAAGAGUUCCACGGUGUUUACUUUGCUCAACGGUGUCUGCCGCCAGAUGUACCAGGAAACAGCGACGCUGCCUUACAGGCUCAACCUAAUCGCCUUCGACUCGUAUAGCAUCAUGUUCAAUUUCUUGUUCAUGGAGGACCGCCUGCGUCGCGAGCAUCUCGAUACCUUCACGGAGCUUUUACUACCAGACCAGCUACCGGGGUCAAAUGCACUCGCCCGCUUGCGCAACGUCAGCAAGGUGUACCUAGGAGUCACACAGGAGGGAAAACCUAAGGGGUGGUACCGUGUAACGUGGGUUCCUCAGAUUGGUCGUGCCCUUUCACAUGCUGACGAGAUCGCCACGCAGGCCGAGACAUACGACCAAUGGAAAGCCGCCGCGACCGAGCUCGAUAUCCUAGAAGGAAACGAAGCCUGGAAAGAAGAGGACGACACUCCGGAAUACAAUGUGGAUCUGGUUGCUGCCCGGCUGAAAGAGCUGGAUGAUGCUCGCAUGAGCUGCGACGUGAAGAGGAUGCUGUUCCUGAUCAGGACCACCCUCACACGCGGAUUGGGCGACAUGGGCGACCUGCGCCUGUACAAGCACUCGCAUAUUGGAACCAAGCGUCUGAUCGAGAGGUACAUCGAGUCGGCUCAGCAAACCAUGGCCGCUCUGCUGGACGUCUCGGAGAAGCAGGGAGAUCAGUGUCCUAUCGAGCCGCGGCGGUUGGUCGACCAAUUGCUUCAAACACGCCAAUCAUUCGGUAGGAGCGCAUUGUUACUCUCAGGCGGAGGAACCUUUGGCAUGAACCACAUCGGCGUCGUCAAGGGUCUUUGGGACGCUCGUCUUCUUCCACGCAUCAUAUCGGGAGCCUCUGCAGGAAGCAUCGUCAGUGCGGUCCUAUGCGCAAAGACCGAUGCAGAGAUCCCGGAGGUUAUGCACCAAUUUUGCUUUGGAGAUCUGAACGUAUUUGAAAGCCCGGAUAACCCAGAAGGCAUGAUCAACAAAGCAAUGCGCUUGAUGAAGUCUGGAGCUCUUUUUGACAUUGCACAUCUCAUGAGAGUUAUGCGUGAUCUGCUCGGCGAUUUGACCUUUCAAGAAGCAUACAACCGGACUCGACGUAUCUUGAACAUUCCUGUUUCGACUUCGUCGCUCUACGAACUGCCCAGACUUUUGAAUUACAUCACAGCGCCGAAUGUGAUGAUCUGGUCUGCAGUAUGUACCUCUUGCUCAGUUCCGCUCGUCUACAAGAAGGCAUCUCUGCUGGCCAAGGACCCGAAGACCGGCCUGGAAGUACCUUGGGAUCCAAACCCUGACGCGACAUGGAUCGAUGGCUCAGUAGACAACGACCUACCGAUGACCCGGUUGGCCGAGAUGUUCAACGUGAAUCACUUCAUUGUCUCGCAGGUCAACCCGCACGUUGUUCCCUUUCUGGCGAAAGAGGAGGAGAUUGUCGCUGCAGAAGCCCAAGACGCCGUCACUGGUCCCGGUUGGAUGAGUCUCUCAGCUAGUCUUUGCAAGGGCGAAGUAAUGCACCGCCUCCAGCAGCUAGCGGAUACUGGGUUCCUCCCAAACCUUGUCACAAAAGGACGUUCGGUGCUCAGCCAGCGAUACUCAGGCGACAUCAACAUCUUCCCCAAGAUCAACUACGCGGACUUCCCUAGAGUCUUGAGCAACCCCACGCCCGAGUUCAUGGUCGGAUGCAUGCUGACUGGACAGCGAGCUACAUGGCCAAAGCUCUCGCGGAUACAAAACCAUGUCGCCAUUGAGCUCGCGUUGGACGACACGAUCCAGAAGCUCAAGGGACGGCUCGUCUUUACACCACAGCAAGACGUCAAUAUCAGGCGGACCAGCUCUCAGGAUAACGAUCUCGCUCAAAGAAAGCGAGCGAAAUCGACGCAUAAGAUGACGCGCUUCGAGCUCAGGACGGAGCCCCCCAGCCCUGUGCUGCGGAAGUCUGCACCCACCAGUCCUCUCUUGUCUCGUGCAGCCUUGAGAGCGUCCUCACAACCGCUUUCCGUUGCGAAGCAAGCUCAAGGCGCAAACAAUGCAAGGCGCCAGUGGACCGAGACCAUCCAACUCGAUCCCAUGUCGUCCACGAACGACACGUCUGACCACGACUACUUUGCCGAUCCCGAGUCAGACACUACAGACAGGCUCUCUUCACCCUCGCCUUCUACAUCACCCACGUUCACCGGUCCCACCCUCUGGCCUUCAACUCCUCAAGCUACGAUGCAAGCCGCCCCACAGCCCACGCCACAGCCAACUCAAAGUCCGCUCAGUCGUCGUACCAACACGCUGUUCAAUCUCACCAUGACCUCGGCCGCAAGAUCCUCCUCCAAUCCAAACGUACCAAGCUCACCAGAACUGCGAUACAAGCGCCUAUUUCAUCCUCCAGGGCCCGCUACGCCCGAUGUCAGUGUAGGCCCACCGAUACUGGAUGUAGAGCCCAUCAAAACAACACGUUCCCCGUCUGCCAGCAGACCUGGUAGCCGGCGCGGUAGUGCAUCGGGUCUGCCAAUCGAUCCCUCAGGGACUAGAGGCAUGCUGCUGAGGAAGAAGAGUUACAUGUAG